AGAUGGUGGGUGCUGGCUAUAAAUAUAUUGACGCAGUACUCUUACCUUCUUCCUUCCUCAAUUCCGUCUCUUACAACUUCAUCUCUUGUGUGACAGUGUGGGUGAGAGAGAGAGAGAUGGGAAAUUGCCAAGCCAUUGAUAAUGCAGCUCUAGUAAUACAACAUCCAAGUGGUAGAGAAGACAAGCUGUAUUGGCCUGUCACUGCUUGUGAAAUUAUGAAGAUGAACCCUGGUCACUAUGUUGCUCUUCUCCUCAGCACCACCACCUUGUGCCCAUCCUCCACCACCGCUGCCGCCCCCUCCACCAACAAUAGCAAAAAUCUUACCAAUAACAACAUCAACCACCACCCAGUUCGUAUUACACGGAUUAAACUUCUCCGGCCAACUGAUACUCUUGUUCUUGGUCAUGCUUAUAGACUCAUCACCACAGAAGAGGUUAUGUGGGCAAAAAAGUAUGCAAAGAUGAAGAAGAAACAACCAGAAUCAGCUGAGAAACAAGAAAGAAUGAGAGAGAAGCCAGGUUUAGAGUUUGAGACAGCAAGAAACAGCACUGAAAUAGAUAAGACCAACCAGGUGAGAAAACACGAAGGAAAUCGUCCAAGAACAACUUCAUCGGCAAACUCUGCUGCUGCUAAAUUAAGAACAUGGCAACCCUCCUUACAUAGCAUCUCGGAGGCCGCAAGCUGAUUGUUUUAUAUCUGUUAAGUCCUUUGUAUGAGAAAGAAGUGAGCUUCUUUAACUGCUGAGAAUCAAUAUAGGACAUCCCGGAGGUGGUUAGUGUGCCAAGUGAUUCAAAAGAGUUCCUCGAGAGCAGGUUCUGAUGUGUUGAACUUGUAUAGCAAUGAAAGAUCAACUCAUACAACAUUACUGUAAUUAACUGCUGUCCUUUCCUAGCCUCAAAACUUCGUUCUUGAAGGAUGUUAAACAAAUCACUUGCACUCCAUGAGUCGGUUCCCAGCAUUUUUACAUCUUUCAAGUUUGAAAAGUUUCUACUGCCACCUUCCGGUUCAGUUGAAUUCACAACUUUGUGCAUCUGUGAAAGAAAGCUUCCUAAUGAUAU